CCCCCGGGUACGGAACCCCCGGCCCAGCCCCUCCCUGCCCCCGGCUCCCCAUCCCGGCAGGGCGGCGCGUCCCUCCGAUGGCCCCGGCUCGAAAGCGAAAGCGAAACCGCUCGGGCCACACCGGGACGGCGACAGCGGCGGGGAAGCGCCACGGAUCUCCCUGCGGAGCUGCCGCCGGAGCCCGGAGCUGCCCCCGCGCCGCUCCCAUGGCGCGGCCGCCGCUGCCGCUGCUCUGCGCGACCGCCGCUCUGCUGCUGCUCCGCGCCGCCGCCGACACCGCGCGGUGCAGCCGCCCCAAGGCCGUGGCCAACGCUCACAUCGACGCCGGGAGCCGCACGGAGCUGAACUCGCUCCUGCGCUACUCCUGCAACCCCGGCUACAAGCGCAAGGCCGGCACCUCCAGCCUCAUCCAGUGCAUCCUCUGGAACGGCUCCGAGCCCCGCUGGACCCUGCCCACGCUCCAGUGCAUCCGAGAUCCGGCUCUUUCCCGGGAAACCCCCGGCCCGGAGCUGCCGCCGGCGCCGCGCACGGAGAGCACGACCCAGAGGGCAGGAACCACCAGUGCCAGCCCCGAUUCCAGCCCCGAUUCCAGCCCCUCUCCACCUUCCAGAGAGUCACCUGUGCCACCAGCACCUCCUGGGCUGUCACCAGAGGGAUCCAGGGCACCGGAGAUGAUUCCAACACCGGACACAUCCACGGUGGCAGAGGGGACAACCCCGCUGCCCAACCCGCCCUCGGAUUAUGCUGCAGUUUCCAUCCAGUCCGUGGCCUCUUCCGUCGGAUUCCUGCUGCUCCUGGCCGCCGGAAUUGCGGCUGUCUGCUGCUGGAGGAGGAGGAGGCGCGCCAGGCAGGGCUACGCGGUGACGGAGACUGGCAUUCCCAUGGGAGCUGAUCCCUCUGGGAACGAGGAGGUGGCACCUCCUGCCAUUGUCCCCACGGGCUGAGCGCCACCCCGGGGACGCUGGGCGCACCCACCAUCCCCAGGGAUGCCGGAUUCCGGAAGCUUCCCCGAGGGCUGGCGGAGCACACGGAGCAGCCGGGGAUGCCUGGCUGAGCAGGGAGGAUUCCCAAGGAGGAUCCCAAAGCCACUGAGGCAGAGCCAAAGGUGCUGGGACCACCCCACACUCACACAGAGCUCAGGGAUCCUCUGGAAGCGCUUCCAGCGCCGAUCCCGGCCCUGGAUCCCGAUCCCGGCCCUGGAUCCUGAUCCCCGCCGGCUCA